CUUGACUAUCAUCUCCAUCAUAUUCUUAUACAUCACCUGGCCCCAACGCCAUCCUUACGGCUUGGAUACUCCGUAGUCUUGCCAUCAUCUGGGAUUAUCCCUUGCAUCAAUUUCUCUACUGACACCAGUGAUUACAGCAUCCCACCUUGUGAUCGGCCAAAGGAUACUUUAGUGAUUUCGCAUGAUACAAUGAGUCUGUCCGCAGUCACUUCUGAAGAACAUGACGGUCCUUCUAAGGACUGUCUUUCCAGACUAAGCCAAUUAGAAGUCGUGAUAGAUCAAAUGUACUACAGGCUUUUGGACGAGCAGCCUUUAUCGAUCCAAAAGCGAAACGUUCUCUCGUCAGACAUCAUUGACCAUCUAGUCGCAUCAGCCGGAGCAGAUCUUCCGUCUCGCUUAGCGACGUCUGAUACCACCAUUAAUUCUGGACCUUCUAGCGGAGUCUAUAAAUGUUCACCUGCUCAAGCCAGCUCUCUUCGCAUGCUAACUACUGGUAUCCACAAUGCUUCAUCCGCCUCGCACAAAUCAUUAUCUUCUUCUCUUGCCUUACUAAAACUGCAAAGCCUCAGUCAUCUAAGUCAAGUGUUGCUGACCAACAUAAUCAUUGAUGGACAUGGGAGCAAGGUUGAUGGAUGUUAUGCCGAAUCCGAGGGAUUAGGAAGCCAAAAUGUUAGCGGCCAGCUCCCGGAAGUUAUUCGAGACUUAAAUAAUCCCGAACAGCUAUCAAUAUGGCUGCAACGCCUGAAUGGCGAUAUUCAGCUAACUCAGGACUUUGCCCUCAACUUGAAACAAUUCUUACCCGAUGUACAAGAGACAAUCAAAGCCUCUUGUAAUCUAGUCGCCUGGUGGCGCCUAAAUGAGGCUUCUGAAGAGCCUAGCCGGGUUGAGCCAACCGUCAGCUGGCCGGUCAAAAUCCGCCUCCCCAAAACGAUGGAUGUUGGCCACAUAUCGGCCAAUGCAUCUAACACUUCUGGAGUGGCAGGAGAAACUGAAGGGAGCGAGAUAAAAGCCAGUGACACAUGUGAACGCUUACCAGCAAGUGAUCUUGUUCAUCCACUAGCUGCAUACUGUCACUACCUGUGGCAUGACUGGACGCCAAGUACGGGCCCCAGAGUUCAUGCAAACAAAAGUCGGAGACAGCGUAUUCGAAUGGGUUCUGCAAAGCUGAUGCAAGCAUUUGAUUCCUCUGGUGGUAUAGAAAAGAAUCGCAAUCAGCAGCAACUAGAAAAAGAGGAAACCGAAAAGAAUGUAUUUGCAGGAAGACAGGCGAGUGUACUUUCUACUCGCUGUAGGAACCUUGAAUGCAAAGUUGAACUAAUUGAUUCCAUCUGUAGAAGCCGGCUGGAGCGCCUGAUGCACUUGCAUGAUGCCCUACUUCGGCACUACCGUAUCUGCAAAUUCGAUUUCUCUGUUUGGCGCAAGAACUGUUUGGCAUGGAUAGAGCGAAGUCACCUGCGUAUGGCUGAUCUUUUCCACCGAUCUAUCACUUCUUCACGUUCAAUCGCCACUGCCACUUUAUCUCCGCGGCUGCUUUCCUGCCCUUCCGUUUUGGCCUCUUCCCUUGUUUCAUCCCCUUCAUUCCACGGUCCUGAGUCCAGGCCCUUUGACAACGACUGGGUCCAAACAUCUUCGACGGAGCCAGUUAUUUCAGAACAAGAAACCAUCACUAGCCCUCGUCUAGUCGGCCUUAACUUCGGGUUGGCUCAGAAUCAUUUUACUUCUCUCUAA